AACAAUGCCAUGAGUGCGAUAGAUCCUCGAGCAGAAGAUUCGGAAUUUCGGAUUGUUGUAUCGAGGAAAGGAAAAAAUCGCCCGAAAUCGAGGGCCAAACUACAGACAUCCUUCAAUCGUACCCACAAGCAAUUCAACGAACGAAUCGAAGUGUGUCACCAAACUGUGACAAAGCAACUGCAAGCAGCAGAAUCGGAGCUGCUCCAGUCACUUUUUUUUCGCGAAUGCUGUGAAGAGCUGCAACCCAUUCUAGCAGGCGUGAAACGGAUCAUUUGCUUGGGUUUGGGUAGAUUUUCCGAGUGCUCUAUUGCACGUUACCAGCUCGCUUUCAUCCGUUGCCUGCGGGACAAAGCUAACCUGAACGAAAGGAUACAGUUUUACGACCCGGUGUUCAGCAGUUCGGAGGUAGAAAUUCUACAGAGCCUUGCCGAGGCAGUGCUGCAGGAAAACGUUGAGGGCAAGUACAGUGCCGAGCAUUGUAGAACACUCUUCUACCUACCACACUGUCCGAAGCAAAUCGUAAAUAACGUGCUGUGGAAAAACUGGCAACAGGAACAUUUGACCAAUGUAAUUCUACUGUGCAAUAGUUUCUGCUCUAUCACUAACAACCACCCCCGGCGCUUUUUGGAAAGGAGUGCAGGUUACAUACUGCGAGCAACGGGCGUGUUUCAAGAGGUUCCGCUGAGGAAUAAUUUCCGCUUCACCGACAUAUUCAACGACACGUCCUUACACUACCUUCCUAUCGACGUAAAGCUUGACGAUAUUUUGUGGCAGGACACGAACGAGCCUUCGUACGACACAGAAGAUCUAGAAUUGAUUACAAAGGAGGUGGUGGAAAAUCUCGUAUUCUCUUGA